UAUAUUCCCGUGCGCAAAAUCGAAUACCAAUAUCAAAUCAAACCAAACCAAACAUCUAUUAAUAAACGACUAAUUCAAUUAACAACUAACCAACCAACCAAUAGGAUAAAGACGGCCGCCGAUAUACGAUAUCUACACGAAUUAAAAGUGCAGAUUUCCCAAAAGCGACGCUCGAUAAGCGUCUCCAAGCAAAUGGAUCGAGAUCUUUGCAAUCAGCACUUUGGUACAUUCGAGACCUUUUGGGGUCGGCCAGGACAUGGAGCUCGGGAUGGCGACAAGAUUAACAAAUUGAAAUUGGACAAUUUGCUUUAUGGUGCACCUGAAACAUAGUAAGCUCGAAAGGCUUAACCCCAAAUUAUUUGCAACGAAUUAAAUCGAUGCUCUAAGCACUGAGCGGCUUUAAUAGGACUUUGCCGACUUGCCUCGCCUGUAAGUUGUCCAAAGUUUUCAAGCUGUUACCCUUUGACAAGCCACAAAGAUUCUUAGAUAUUGUAAUCAAGUUAGACUGUAUAUUUAAGAGAAAAUUAGAAGUGCUUGUAAUAAAAUUU